UCAAACUACUGACUCCGGUCCCUGACAAUCCCCGCACGUUCACUUCUGGAACAUAUAUGCAUGCUGAGGUUAGCAACACAUGUGGAAGCCAGGGAGUAUGCCAGCGACAAAUGCUGGUUUAAGCCCUUUAUUUUCGCUGGCUGAGCGUGUUGUUACAAAGCACAGGCCACGGCCGAGUAAAGCUCUUCGCUGGCAGGGACGACACUCGGGAACCCCUUUGAGCCUACGUAGCAGCUAGUAUAAGAGGCUGUUGGACAAAAUAAUACUCACAAGUCCUCUUCAUUACUCUCAGAACGUCUUGCAAGUGCUCUUAUCUAUCCCAAUGGCUCCUAUCGGUACUCUCUGGGGCGCUCCUUUUCAACGUCAAACUAAAUGUAUAUUGAGCGCUGCUGCUAUCGCAGGCCUUGAAGUGAAGUUUGAACUUUUUCGAUUCGGUGUCACCAACAGGUCACCUGAAUUCCUUGCCAAAUUCCCCCUUGCAAAAAUGCCUACCUUUGAGGACAAGGAUGGGACCGCACUUAUAGAGGGAGCCGCCAUUGCACGUUAUGUUGCCUCCUUGGCCCCUGAGUCUGGGCUUCUUGGCCACAGUGUCAAAGAUGCUGCACUUAUUGACCAGUGGAUUCACUUUGCGGAGCACGAGAUCAAUGCAUACACCGACAUCAUAUUCCAAAUGAUAGAGGGCUUCUUCCCAGAGAAGGCCUACGAUGAACACAUCCACGAUGGUUUGGUUGCUCGUCAACAACGCUCGCUCAAGUUCCUCGAACAGAAAAUCAACCUUCAUGAAUUCCUCAUCAAUGACGAGAUUACCCUGGCAGAUAUCGUUUUGGCUGCUGUGAUCCAACGCGCUGCCAUAGUGACACUUGGUGCUGCUGAACGAGCACUCUACCCGAACAUCUUCGCACACUAUGCGAAGGUGACAGCUGAUCCUCGCAUCAAGGACAUCCUCGGGGCAGUAAACUUUGUUGAAGUGCCCCUAACACCCAAGAAAGCUGAGUAGACUCUUGCGUGUGAUUAUGCGGGAAAGAGGGAAAGAAGGGGAAAGGAAGGGAAGCGUCUUCUGUAAUCAAAUAAUAUACUAUACCUCGCUCGAGACCUCCUUCUGAAUCA